AACGUCAUUCGAAGGCGGGUUUUGUGUGUUGCAUGAUCUACACAUUUUAUUUCCUUAACCUGUUUUGCUUCAGUUUCUGCUGAAAAUUUCCAACGCUGACAUUGCAUAUAUUUUGAAAAUAAUCGCAUUUAAUUGUUUAAAAGAGGAACGCGACUUAUUAAGAUGGGGUAUAUGGUCGUAGAGAAACACACAUCUGAUCUUCUCCAUUUAAAGAGGUCUCCUGGGAUUAGGUCAUGGUCCCUGCUUGUUGGAAUUGCUUCGGUUGGACUGGCAGCAGCCUAUUACAGCGCCGACAGCAUAUUAUGGAAGAUGUUCUAUGUGACCGGCUGCUUUUUUGUGGCUCUACAGAACAUGGAGGAAUGGGAGGAGGCGGUGUUUGAUAAACCUAAAAAUGAGAUAGAACUGAAGACGUUUAGUCUCUAUACCAUGAUAUUGACUAUGUGGAAAAGAGGACACGAGAGGGUGGUGUUAGAUCUGAGGCACCUGCGGGACGUCAGUGUUCAGGAGGAGAGGGUGAGGUAUUUGGGGAAGGGUUACCUGUUAGUGCUGCGUCUGGCAACAGGCUUCUCUCACCCUCUUACACAAAGUGCCACGCUGGGCUCACGCAGUGAUGUUGAGGCACUUGCUGCACUACUGAAGCGCUUCUUGGGUCUUGAAGAAUUACAGCGACGUUUGGCAGAAGAUGAUUAUCCUGAUGACGACGACGAGAUUGAAGAUCUGGGAUUGGGCGAUAGCAGUGAUUCAAAAGAUGAAGAUGAACAUUAAAAAAAACCUCAGGGAUAGAUAGAAAAUGGUGGAGGACACUGUAUCAAGCCUUACAUAAAACAACUAAACAUUCCAGUCUUACAAACAUCCUGAUGACAAUCUCAAAGCAUUAUCUCUUAUCGUUGCAUUGCAGUUUUACUUGCAUCUUCAAAGAAGCAUUGCCCGAUGACAUUUAGUACUUUUGCAAGAUUUCUCUGUAUACUUUGCUACAUGUGUAAAUAGUUUGAGAGUUUGUGAAAUAACUGCAUGAUGAAUUUCCUUUCUUUGGUGGCCAUGUGCUCUGUUCCUCGGUGCAUGCUCACCCAGAUCACACUGUGCCUGCAUACACUGCAUGAGUGCAACUGAAACUCACGCUUGAAAAUGAGUUCAACACUUCUUGAAUGUUAAAACCCUUAGUGGUUUGUCAUUUUAAUUUUCUUUUUGUAAAUGUCAAAUAUUUUGUAUUCUGAAGCUGAAGGUUUUUUUGUUUUUACUUUUUAUAAACUUUAGCAUAAAAAAAAUAAUAUUAAACAAAA